AUGGAACUCGGUUUUAACCAUGCAGCCAAACUUGAGCCGUUCUUGCUGAUGUCCAAGGCAGCAAAAGGUGCUGCUGCAGCCAAGCUUGUGCAAGAUGCCACUUCUGCGCCGGGCGUCUUUGUGUUCGCCGAGCUACUCGAGCUUCCCAAUGUCCAGGAGUUAGCAAACAGUGAAAAUUCGUCAUACUUUUCCCUGUUGCAGCUGUUUGCCUACAAGACAUUCCCAGACUACCUCCAACACAGAGAUGCACUACCUGCGUUAAAUGAUGCCCAGACGAUCAAGCUGAAGCAUUUGACUUUGGUCUCGCUCGCAAUGGAGAGCCGGAUUCUGCCCUACUCGCAGCUCCUCGAUACUCUCCAAAUGCCUGGUAUUCGCGAGCUGGAGGAUCUCAUCAUCGAUGCUAUCUAUCUCGACGUCAUUCGCGGCAAACUUGACCAGAAAGAACAACAAUUUGACGUGGAGUUCACGAUGGGAAGGGAUCUGGAGCCGGGAAAGAUAGAGCAGCUGCUUGCCAGUUUGCAAAAUUGGGCAUCGACAUCGUCAGCUGUCCUUUCUACGCUCGAUGACAAAUUGGCCACGCUUUCAAGGGAAGUUGCGGCACAGAAGACGAAGCGGGAGGCGUAUGACCAAGUCUACCAGACUAACCUGAAAGAAGUUCUCGAUAAGCAGAAGGAGGUCAAGGCGACUGCCCGAACAACUGCUACCACUGGCCGCACCAAUUUGACACCAGCAGGAAUUGCUGAAAGGGAUCGUGAGAGGGAGCGAGAAAGAAGGGAACGGGAGGAGAAGGAGAAGGAGAAAGAUAGGGAGCAGGACCAAGAUCAAGAUGAGAAGGACAAAGAUAGCAUGGAUGUGGAUGAGCCCACUGAGGGCACGAAGGGAAAGAAUCGGAAGUGGCUUGGAUCCACAUCGUCCUCUGUGAUGUCGGAAGAUAGAGAUAUCAGUAAAGCUGCGUCUUCAACUUUUUUGCAAACACAAAAUUUGUCCCCGUAUGAUCAGCAAGCACAAAUAUUUGGGAGCAUCGAGACCUUCAUCCAGCCGUUAAAGGAUGAAGCAGGAGAAGAGUACCUGGAGAGAUUGACGGACGUCGCAGAGGUGCUGGGCAUUGACGACCCCUCGUUCUCGAGCUUUGCUUCCGCUAUUUCACGUCUCUCUGCGGAGGAGAUUGCCGUGAAACGCUCAGAACUGAGACUACAUGCAGCCGAAGAUGAACUCAUGAUGCACCUGGCUUCUAUGAAGCACGAAGAAGCACUUGUCAGCCAAUGGUUAGACACUAUGGAAGCAGAGCCGCCCCCGGGGUCCAGCAUCGCUGCCCUGGAAAAGCGCAAAGCGGCUCUCUCUUCAAAGGCCAGAGAAUACCAGGAGGAGCUGCGCGCCACCAUGGCUCAGAUGCCGGAAGAUCCACCCUUGACGUUCACGCAGCUUGCCGCGUAUCACAAAGAACUGAGGCAGAAGGAGAAAGUGCUCGCUCAGAAGCGCGCCAGAGUCAAGGCGUUCCAAGGGCUGCCACCCAAUCUCGAGCUGGCGCGGCAUGAACUGCAGCACGCGCAAAACGAGCAGAUGAAGCUGGUUCAGCUGAGGGAACGACUGUUGGACAAGAUGGCGAGCGGUGUCUCCUGA